GAGGCUCUCGUUUCUCAACAUAUUUAGUUUGUAAUCCAAAACAAUAGACCUUCCGCCUCGGAAUGGGGAGACAUGAAUCUCACUGCCGCAAUUUCUUCUUCUUUUUGCUCCGCCGCACUCCACCGGAAUACAUCCAAUAUACGGACAUGCACACCCUUAUCCUUCCGUCAUCACCACAACCACUCUUCUUCUCUGCGAGUUGCCAAUGAUGCUGAUAGGACUGAACUGUCAUCAGAUGCCACAACUGAAACAACAUAUUCAGAUGCUGAUAAAAUGGUUGAUAGUAUGAACUUUGGUGAGCUUUGCAAUGAGUUUGAGUGCAACAGUAGUCCUUUGGUAGAAUCCACUGCAAGACAACUUGCUCGCGAUAUACUUGAGCUAAGGAGUGGAAAUCGAGCGCUUGGAACCUAUGCUGUUUCUGUCACUUACAAGGACCCUAUCAGGAGUUUUACUGGUCGGGAGAAGUAUAAGAGACCCUUAUGGGCAGCCAUUGCAUUAGACAGCCCUUCUGCGACUGUGCAGGAAAUGGCUAUGCUGUCAACAAGUGUUUUAAGCAUCAAGUGGACAAUUAAAGGGAAGCUUAAAUCUGUUCUUGCCGGGGUAGGAGGAGAUCUCAUACUUAGAAUCACUUCAAAAUUCACUCUUAACCAAAUUAGUGGACAAGUAAUUCAGCAUGAAGAGUUAUGGGACCUGUCAGCUUCAUCUGCUAGUGCUCGGGCGUUUUUCUGGACAUCGCGCAUUCUGUUUGCUACUGUUGAAUCUGUAAAAGAUUUAGCUAAUAGUGCCAAGAAUUUUAGUGCUAAUUUUUCAACCAAAAAAGAGGACAUGGAUAUUUAUCCAGAUCCUUCUGGUGAUCCAACCAAGGUGAGUUCUGUUCUGCAGAAGUAGAAGAAUCUUAAAUUUCUUCCAAAGAGACGACAGCUUUCAACAAGAUGUAUACCAGAUUGCACUACUCCUGGCAGUUCUUUAUUUUGUGGUACAAGUUCUGAGGAUAACUUUGUAAGAAAAACAUGCCUACCUUGUUAUGAUCUGCAUUUUACAUCUUAUUAUUCAUGAAUAUCUAUCAGUAUAAUGUGUAAUUAUCAGCUUAUAAUCAUAACGUUGUUCUGUCAAAGUUAUAAUUUAAUAUGUUGUUCUAACUGUGUAUAAAUUCAGAUGUUUUGGUACCACAGAUAUACAAAUGACUAUUUGAUUA